CUCGGCGCGGCCGCCGGGGCCGGGGGAGCAUGAGCCCCGCGACCCGCCGGGGGACGGCCCGGGCCCGGCCCGGGAUCUAGACGGCCGUGGGGGAGGGGAGCCGCCCUGCCGCGGCGCCGCUCCGGAACCGCCGGGCCCUCGACGCCGCUUCUGCGGCCCCCGGGGCCGCGCUGUUUUGUUUCACCCUCGCGUUGUGCAGAAGUGAAGUGAAGUAAAAUGUCCACUAGGACCCCGCUGCCGACGGUGAAUGAACGGGACACUGAGAACCACACGUCACAUGGAGACGGGCGGCAAGAAGUUACCUCUCGCACUGGGCGCUCUGGAGCACGGUGUAGAAACUCUGUAGCUUCCUGUGCAGAUGAACAACCUCACAUCGGUAACUACAGACUGUUGAAAACAAUCGGCAAGGGGAAUUUUGCAAAAGUGAAAUUGGCAAGACACAUCCUUACAGGCAGAGAGGUCGCAAUAAAAAUAAUUGACAAAACUCAGUUGAAUCCAACAAGUCUACAAAAGCUCUUCAGAGAAGUAAGAAUAAUGAAGAUUUUAAAUCAUCCAAACAUAGUGAAGUUAUUCGAAGUCAUUGAAACUGACAAAACACUCUACCUAAUCAUGGAGUAUGCCAGUGGAGGUGAAGUGUUUGACUAUUUGGUUGCACAUGGAAGAAUGAAGGAAAAAGAAGCAAGAGCUAAAUUUAGACAGAUAGUGUCUGCAGUCCAGUACUGCCACCAGAAGCGGAUCGUUCACAGAGACCUCAAGGCUGAAAAUCUAUUGUUAGAUGCUGAUAUGAACAUUAAAAUAGCUGACUUUGGUUUUAGCAAUGAAUUUACUGUUGGCAGUAAACUGGAUACGUUUUGUGGCAGUCCUCCGUAUGCAGCCCCAGAGCUCUUCCAGGGCAAGAAAUACGACGGGCCGGAAGUGGACGUGUGGAGCCUCGGCGUCAUUCUUUACACUUUAGUCAGCGGGUCACUCCCCUUUGAUGGACAGAACCUAAAGGAACUGAGAGAGAGAGUAUUAAGAGGGAAAUACAGAAUCCCUUUCUACAUGUCCACAGACUGUGAAAACCUUCUCAAACGUUUCCUGGUGCUAAAUCCAAUAAAACGAGGCACUCUAGAGCAAAUCAUGAAGGACAGGUGGAUCAAUGCAGGGCAUGAGGAAGAUGAACUAAAGCCGUUUGUUGAACCAGAACUGGACAUCUCAGACCAGAAAAGGAUAGAUAUUAUGGUGGGAAUGGGAUAUUCACAAGACGAAAUUCAAGAAUCUCUUAGUAAGAUGAAAUAUGAUGAAAUCACAGCUACAUACUUGUUGUUGGGGAGAAAAUCUUCAGAGCUGGAUGCUAGUGAUUCCAGUUCUAGCAGCAAUCUUUCACUUGCUAAGGUUAGGCCAAGCAGCGACCUCAGCAACAGUACUGGCCAGUCUCCUCACCACAAAGUACAGAGAAGUGUUUCUUCAAGCCAGAAGCAGAGGCGGUACAGUGACCAUGCUGGACCAGCUAUUCCUUCAGUUGUGGCGUAUCCGAAAAGGAGUCAGACCAGCACUGCAGACGGCGACCUCAGAGAAGAUGGAGUUCCGUCCCGGAAAGCAGGCGGCAGUGCUGCUGGAGGAAAGGGAGUUGCUCCAGCCAGUCCCAUGCUUGGCAGCGCAAGUAAUCCCAACAAGGCGGAUAUUCCCGAACGCAAGAAGAGCUCCACCGUCCCCGGUAGUAAUACAGCAUCUGGUGGAAUGACGCGGCGGAAUACUUACGUUUGCAGUGAAAGAACUACAGCUGAUAGACAUUCAGUAAUUCAGAAUGGCAAAGAAAACAGCACUAUUCCUGACCAGAGAGCUCCAGUUGCUUCAACACACAGUAUUAGCAGCGCCACCACCCCAGAUCGAACCCGCUUCCCAAGAGGCACUGCCAGUCGUAGCACUUUCCACGGCCAGCCCCGGGAGCGGCGCACUGCCACAUAUAACGGCCCGCCUGCUUCACCCAGCCUGUCCCAUGAAGCCACACCAUUGUCGCAGACUCGAAGCCGAGGCUCCACUAAUCUUUUUAGUAAAUUAACUUCCAAACUCACAAGGAGUCGCAACGUAUCUGCUGAGCAAAAGGAGGAAAACAAAGAAGCAAAACCUCGUUCCCUGCGCUUUACCUGGAGCAUGAAAACCACUAGUUCCAUGGAUCCCAGUGACAUGAUGCGGGAAAUCCGCAAAGUGCUGGACGCCAAUAACUGUGACUACGAGCAGAGAGAGCGCUUCUUACUCUUCUGUGUCCACGGCGACGGGCACGCGGAGAGCCUCGUGCAGUGGGAGAUGGAAGUGUGCAAGCUGCCAAGACUGUCUCUGAACGGGGUCCAGUUUAAGCGGAUAUCAGGGACGUCCAUAGCUUUCAAAAAUAUCGCUUCCAAAAUUGCCAAUGAGCUAAAGCUGUAACCCAGUAAUUAUGGUGUAAAUUAAGUAGCAAUUUAAAGUGUUUUCCUGAACACUGAUGGAAAUGUAUAGAAUAAUAUUUAGGCAAUAACGUCUGCAUCUUCUAAAUCAUGAUAUUAAAAUAUAAGGACGAGAGCACGCCUGGGAGCGAAAGCUGGCCUUUUUUCUACGAAUGCACUACAUUAAAGACGUGUGACACGUG